UCAGUUAGGUUUGAAGAAAAAAAAAGUCUCAGCUCUCGUCUCAAACAGUGCAGUGGAGCAACAAGGGGGCCGAGAGCGCCUUCCCGACUUUUUCAAUUAUAUAGCCCACAAAGAGAACUGGACGAAACUGUAGGCUAUCAUCUCAGCUACUAUAAUUUGACCUAAUCAACUCGGAGAUUGAGGAUUAUAACACUUAGUCAGAGAAGAUGUCAACCUCAGACGAGGCAGACGGGCUUCGGCCGAGAUAUGGGUCCGUUCUGGAUGGUGUGGAGCGACUCACAGCAGAGGAGAUGGACGAGAGGAGGCAGCAGAACAUGGCCUACGAGUACCUCUGUCAUCUGGAAGAGGCUAAACGGUGGAUGGAGGCGUGUCUGGAUGAGGAGCUCCCUCCCACCACAGAGCUGGAGGAGGGGCUUAGGAACGGGGUGUACCUGGCCAAACUGGGCAACUUCUUCGCACCACGAACCGUCUCCAUCAAGAAGAUCUACGACCGCGAGCAGACCCGCUACAAGGCCACUGGGCUUCAUUUUAGACAUACAGACAACGUCAUCCAGUGGCUCAACGCCAUGACCGAGAAGGGUCUACCAAAGAUCUUCUAUCCAGAGACUACAGACAUCUACGACAGGAAGAACAUGCCGCGCUGCAUCUACUGCAUACAUGCUCUCAGUUUGUACCUGUUCAAGCUGGGUCUAGCCCCUCAGAUCCAGGAUCUGUAUGGCAAGGUGGAUUUCACAGAGGAGGAGAUUAACAACAUGAAGAGUGAACUGGAGAAGUACGGAAUCCAGAUGCCCGCCUUCAGCAAGAUUGGCGGCAUCCUGGCCAAUGAGCUGUCAGUGGAUGAGGCUGCAUUGCAUGCGGCAGUGAUAGCCAUCAAUGAGGCCAUAGACCAGGGGGUUCCCGAGGGCACUAUGGCUGCCAUGCAGAACCCCAACGCCAUGCUGCUUCAGAUGAACACCUGCUCUGCCCAGCACUACCAGGACAUGCUGCACAGCGCCAAGGCUGAGAAGGUGGCCAACUCACGCAAACGGCUGGGGGAGAACUCAGACGCAGAGAGAGACGUCUAUGAAGAGCUCCUCACACAAGCUGAGAUCCAGGGCAACGUCAACAAGGUCAACUUGACCAGUUCCCUGAGUGCAGCUGAGCAGGCCCUGCUGAGUAGUGAUGAAGACAGGUUGUACGAGGCACUCCGCUCCCAGGCUUUGGGCCUACACGGCCUGCAGGCCCAGAACAAGGGCUGGUACCUCAAACAGCUGAUGGCUGCCCGCGAGGACAAAGAACAGAAUUCUCCAGGGGAGGCGCUGACGAAAGAUGAGUUGCAGACUGGAGUAGAUGCAGCCAAUGGGAUUGCAGCAGGCUACCAGAAAAUGUUGCAGGCGGUGGAGAGGAUCAACACAGCCAUCAGAGCAGGUGUCCCCGAGAACACGGCGGCAGAGCUGAUGAACCCUGAUGCCCAGCUGCCCGAGGUCUACCCCAGCGCUGCCGACCUCUACCAGAGAGAACUGACCAGCCUGCAGCAGCAGAGCCCAGAGGGUUCUCUGUCCCACCCGGAGCUACUGGUUGCCGUGGAGAUGUUGUCGUCGGUGGUGUUGAUAAAUAGGGCGUUGGACGUGGGCGACCGGAAUUCCAUGUGGAGACAACUGGCCAGCGCCGUUACUGGACUCAGUAACGUAGAGGACGAAUACGCACAGAGGUAUAUGGAUGAAUUGAUGCGGCUGAAGGCAGUGGCCAGGGAGGAAGGCAGUGACUAUCUGACCUGGAACGACAUCCAGGCCUGUGUUGACCAGGUCAACUUGACCAUACAGGAGGAGCACGAACGUAUCGUGGCCAUCGGUCAGAUCAACGAAGCUCUGGAUGGGGGAGACCCACAGAACACCCUAGAAGCCCUCCUGCACUCUGCAGCCAAGCUAACAGACGUAGACCCCUCCAUCGCCCAGCACUACUAUGACAAACUGCUUGAGGCCCGCAGGGAGAAGGCACAUGAGACCCAGGACCCCUCCGCUGUGCUCUGGUUGGAUGAGAUCCAGGACGCCAUACUGACGGCCAAUAAGGAUACCCAGGAGGCCUUGCAGUUCUCCCAGGCCAUCCAGGCCAUCAACGGAGCGGUGGACAGUGGCGAGGCGUCUCAGACCCUGGCUGCGCUGCGCUCCCCUGGGGCCGGCCUCUACGGAGUCACCCCUGAGUGUGCCCAGAACUACCAGGACGACCUGGCCAAGGUCAAACAGGACAAGACCCAGGAGGGUGACAACGGCAGUGACUGGAUGAAGCACUGGGUGAAGGGAGGACACAACUACUACUACAACCUGAAGAAGGGAGAGGGCUCCUGGACCGAACCUGCAGACUUCCUCCAGAACAACACCCAGCUCAACAAGGAGGACAUCCAGUCUGUGGUUUCCGGGGUGACCACCACCUACAACCGGGAGCAGCUGUGGCUUGCCAAUGAGAGCCUGAUUGCCAAGCUGCAGGCUGGAUGCCGUGGCUACCUGGUGAGGAAAGGCCUGAAGGAGAGAAACAACUUCCUGAAAUCCCAGGACCCAGCCAUCACCACCAUACAGGCUCAUUUUAGAGGCUACAAGCAGAGGAAGAUUUAUAUAAAAAGGAAGGAGUACCUGAAUGACCACAGCGAGGAUGCUGUAAAGAUCCAAUCCAUGGUGAGGAUGCACCAAGCUCGCAAGAAGUACAGAGACCGCCUGAAGCACUUCAAGGACCAUAUCAAUGAUGUGGUAAAGAUCCAGGCGUUCAUCAGAGCCAACAAAGCCAGAGGCGAUUACAAGACACUCAUCAGCGCUGACGACCCUCCCAUGGCGGUGGUGCGCAAGUUCGUCCACCUCCUGGACCACAGUGACCAGGACUUCCAGGAAGAGCUGGACCUGAUGAGGCUCCGGGAGGAGGUGGUCACCAACAUCCGCUCCAACCAGCAGCUGGAGAAUGACCUGAACCUGAUGGACAUCAAGAUCGGCCUGCUGGUCAAGAACAAGAUCACCCUGCAGGAGGUGGUGUCCCACAGCAAGAAGCUGACCAAGAAGAACAAGGGAGAGCUGUCCAACCUGAUGAUGAUGAACAAGCAGAGAGGAGGCCUGAAGGCACUGAGCAAGGAGAAGAGGCUCAAGCUGGAGGCCUAUCAGUAUCUCUUCUACCUGCUGCAGACCAACCCCACCUACCUGGCCAAGCUGAUCUUCCAGAUGCCCCAGAAUAAGUCCACUAAGUUCAUGGACUCUGUGAUCUUCACCCUGUAUAACUACGCCUCCAACCAGAGAGAGGAGUACCUGCUGCUCAAACUCUUCAAGACUGCCCUGCAGGAGGAGAUCAAAUCCAAAGUGGACCAGAUCCAGGAGAUCGUCACAGGCAACCCCACUGUCAUCAAGAUGGUGGUGAGCUUCAACCGUGGCGCCCGGGGCCAGAAUGCACUGCGGCAGAUCCUGGCACCUGUCGUCAAGGAGAUCAUGGACGACAAGACGCUGAACAUCAAGACGGACCCGGUGGACAUCUACAAGAGCUGGGUCAACCAGAUGGAGACACAAACUGGAGAGGCCAGUAAACUACCCUAUGAGGUAACACCGGAGCAGGCUAUGAGUCACGAGGAGGUGCGCACGCGCCUGGAAGCGUCCAUCAAGAACAUGAGGACGGUCACAGACAAGUUCCUGUCCGCCAUCAUUGUCUCUGUGGACAAAAUCCCGUAUGGGAUGCGUUUCACCUCCAAGGUGCUGAAGGACACACUCCAUGAGAAGUUCCCCGACGCUACAGAGGAUGAGCUUCUAAAGAUCGUGGGUAACCUGCUGUACUACCGCUAUAUGAACCCGGCCAUCGUGGCGCCCGACGCCUUCGACAUCAUCGACCUGUCGGCCGGAGGUCAGCUGACCACGGACCAACGGCGGAACCUGGGCUCCAUCGCCAAGAUGCUGCAGCACGCCGCGUCCAAUAAGAUGUUCUUGGGGGACAACGCCCACCUCAACCCCAUCAACGAGUACCUCAGCAGCUCCUACCAGAAGUUCAGGCGUUUCUUCUUGGCGGCGUGUGAUGUCCCGUCGUUGGAGGACAAGUUCAACGUGGAUCAAUACUCUGACCUGGUCACGCUCCAGAAGCCCGUCAUCUACAUCUCUAUAGGGGAGGUCAUCAACACACACACGCUGCUGUUGGACCACCAGGAUGCCAUCGCCUCGGAGCACAACGACCCCAUCCACGAGCUGCUGGAGGACCUGGGAGAGGUGCCCACCAUAGAGUCCCUCAUCGGUGAGAGCCCCCUCGCCCCGGGGGACCCCAACAGGGAGACGAUGGGGAAGACGGAGGUGUCCCUCACCCUCGCCAACAAGUUUGAAGUCUCUGGAGAGGCCAAUGCCGAGAUGGACGCCAGGACUCUACUGCUUAACACCAAGCGGCUGAUCGUGGAUGUGAUCCGGUUCCAACCUGGAGAUACGCUAACUGAGAUUCUGGAGGGGGCUGCCAGUCCUGAACAGGAAGUGGAGUACCAGCGUGCUAUGCAACGGCGGGCCAUCCGCGACGCCAAGACCCCGGAGAAGAUGAAGCAGGCCAAGCCGGCGGUGGUGGAUGACAGCCUGACGCUGCAGGGCAAGAAGGACAAGAUCAGGAGCAACCUGCAGCGGCUGGCAGAGCUGGGCAAGGUGCACCCUGAGAACCGCUACCAGGACCUCAUCAACGACAUCGCCAAGGACAUCCGAAAUCAGCGGCGGUAUCGGCAGCGGAGGAAGGCGGAGCUGGUGAAGCUCCAACAGACCAACACCGCCCUCAACUCCAAGACCGCCUUCUACAACGUCCAGAUCGACUACUACAACCAGUACAUCAAGACCUGCAUGGACAACCUGGCCAGCAACAAGGGCAAGCUGUCAAAGAAACCAGGUGACACCAAGGCCAAGAAGAGUAAACAGGUGUCUCAGAAAUACACCGCCGCUCGCCUCCAUGAGAAGGGUGUGCUGAUCGAGAUUGAAGACCUGCAGACAAACCAGUUUAAGAACGUUAUCUUUGAGAUCUCUCCGUCGGAGGCGGUUGGAGUGUUCGAUGUGAAGGCCAAGUUCAUGGGAGUGCACUUGGAGACGUUACAGUUGGAAUACCAGGACCUCCUGCAGCUGCAGUACGAGGGUGUGGCUGUGAUGAAGCUCUUCGACAGGGCCACCAUCAAUGUCAACCUGCUCAUCUUCCUGCUCAACAAGAAGUUUUACGGAAAAUAGAUGGAUGAGACGGGGAGAGAGAGAGGGAAGGAGAGGGGGCUACAGACACUGUUGAGAACAGAACAUCUAACAGAGAGGGCCUUGGCCCCAUGCUGUCUUAUCUUAGCUCGGUUUCCCCCUCUUCCGCACUACUUUAAGUAUGCAUUCAUUAUGUGCCUUAUUGAGAUGGAAUAUUCACCGUACGGUAUGUGCCUUAUUCUCCAAGGAAAAGUCAUCCGGAAGCCUGCUGGAUGCUCCAAGUGUAUCCUAGUCGGGAUCCAGAGUGCGUGAUCCAGAGUGCUUGUUGCGUUUUGUGUUACUAUGUUACUGUAAGGCGGUCAAAGGUAUAAGAUAGGGAUUUGUCUGUGUCAGGCGCUCGUUUUCCGGUUAUUUGAAACACAGUUCAAGAGUUGCAUGUUGAUGACAUCACGCAAGCAAUUUUGUCAUACAGUAUAGCUUUAAGAAACUUGCAAAUCCACUAUUGGCAUAGGAAAUAGCCUUUCAAGAGUAGAGACUAAACUGAACAAUCAAUGUAGAAGAGAUGUUUUAUCAUGCUUUGUGUUAAAUAAAUUUAUAAAUCGAAAACUGUCCUUAUUUAUUCAUGUUUUAAGUGUUGUGAGUCCUCCAAGUAUAGUUAACAUUACUUCCUUUUAUUUUCCUUUAAGGAGCAUAGUUGUAUCAGAGCAAAUCACGUUUCAUAGUUCUUUAGUCACACAUUCAUUAUUAAUUGAAAAUACGGUGACUUCAGUUUUUUUUACUGCGUUAACCACUCUAAAGGAAACCGUUCAUACACUCCAGUCUAGAGUGCAGUAUUAUAUAAUAAUGAAGAGAGAUAUGCUUUAGGUUCCAGUAGAUGUCACUCACUGUACACUAAACAAACAGUCUCGGCACAGAAUCCUUAUGACAAUUAGUUCUAUUUCAGAAGACUGGAAAGCGUGAUAUACAGUACUGCCUUGUCACAAUUGUUUUGAAAUGUUUUUGUUUUUUAAACCAGUGUACCCUUGUAUUGAAGUUAAUUUACACUGGGCCUAACCAGGAUAUAGUUAUCUAGGAGCCUAUGUUCUUUCUGUGCUAUGUUUUGCCCGUAGUCCAUAGAAUGUUUUACAUGUUAUAAAAUUAAUAAAGCUUUAAUAAUGCAA